UAUGCCGCCGCUCCCUCCAGCUCUGCCUCCUCCUCGCCGCGGGGCGCCUUCCCCGCUGGGCCGCUGCUGCUGGGCCCUCUGGGUGCUGCUCUGCCGGACGGCGCUGGCCAGCUCCCUGGUGCUGGAGCCUAUCUACUGGAACUCCUCCAACUCCAAAUUCCAUCCUGGACAAGGACUGGUACUGUACCCAAAGAUAGGAGACAAACUGGAUAUUAUAUGCCCAAAAGUGGACUCUAAAACUGGUGGACAGUAUGAGUACUAUAAGGUCUAUAUGGUUGAUAAAGACCAAGCAGAUAGCUGCACUAUUAAAAAGGACAACACACCUCUACUCAACUGUGCCAAGCCUGAUCAAGAUGUUAAGUUUACCAUCAAGUUUCAAGAGUUCAGCCCAAAUCUCUGGGGCCUGGAAUUUCAGAGAAACAAAGAUUAUUACAUCAUAUCAACAUCCAAUGGAUCCCUAGAAGGCUUGGAUAACCAGGAGGGAGGGGUGUGCCUGACAAAAGCCAUGAAGAUCCUAAUGAAAGUUGGACAAGUUCCCAAUUCUGGUGGGUCCCCCAAUAAUGCUGAUCCAACUAAACGCCCGGAACAGGAAGCUGGUACCAACGGGAAAAGCUCCACAACAAGUCCCUUUGUAAAGGAUCAUGCAGGUUCCAACUCAGAUGGAAACAAAGCUGGACAUACCAGUAUCCUUGGUACAGAGGUGGCCUUAUUUGCAGGGAUAGCUUCAGGGUCCAUCAUAUUCCUCAUCAUCAUCAUCACGCUGGUGGUUCUUUUGUUGAAGUAUCGAAGGAGACACAGGAAGCAUUCACCACAGCACACGACGACACUGUCACUUAGUACAUUAGCCACCCCAAAGCGUAGUGGAAACAACAAUGGGUCUGAGCCCAGUGACAUUAUCAUACCUCUGAGGACUGCAGAUAAUGUCUUUUGCCCUCAUUAUGAAAAAGUCAGUGGUGACUAUGGACAUCCAGUCUACAUUGUUCAAGAGAUGCCCCCUCAGAGUCCAGCAAACAUUUAUUAUAAGGUCUGAUGAACACUCGGUGUGGUACCUUUGGAAACUCUCCCUCUCUCCUGUCAAAUGCUAUCCGUGACACGGGGGGACAGGGUUUGGGAUGGUGAACCCCUGUGCUGGUUACUGGACCAGGUGCAGUGGCAACAACAGCAAGUCCCACCACGUCGACAAAGAGCAGUUUCGAGAUGGACAUCUCUAGUCUGUAGAAAUCCUGCCUUGGUGAACAAGCAUUUCCUUGGAAGCUGGAAGAAUUUACGUAGAAGAUCCCCAUACCAACUGCUGUUCAUUCAUCACCUUCUAAGCCAUGUGCUGCAGGCAUUCAGGCACACAUAAAAAGCCCAGGGAAGAUGGCGCAACUCGUAGAUGCUAAUAGUUUUUGGCAUUCUGGGAAAGAAGUCUUAAGUCAUCAAGCUUGAAAAUGCAACCCUGUGACUUUGUGUGUGCGCUUUUCUCAUGGCGCAUAUGGAUUUGUCAUACAGACCUUGGCUUUUAAGUAAGACUUUUGAUCAUUUUCUUGCUUUUAGUCAGUCCCUGUUGCAUUUUACUUCAAUUGAGUAGCACUCUGGCAUCCUUCACCUGAGAAUUCUUUCACUCCACAUCCUGCAUUGCUGUCGGAAAUCUUAAAAUGUGUGGGUUUUUUUUGUUUGUGUGGUUUUUUUUCCUUUGCCAUUUCAUACUCCAUCUGUUUGUGAUAGCAGCCUCACUUGAAAAGGAUAAUGCUUUGAGAGAACCCAGGCUUGCUAAAAAGGGAAUCUUCUAGCUUACAAGCUAGCUUGCCAGUAGAGUCAAGAAUAUAAGAGAAGGGGUGUGUGGAUAAAGAGAGAGAGAGGAGGAAGGGCUGAUGAAAUGCUACAGCCUUUGGAGGCUCAACCGGGCAAAGCCAAACAAUGUAGAUAGCACAGCACUUUGACAUUUGGACUUCUGAGCAGCAUGUGAGACACAGCAACACACAAACAGCCGAUUCAGGUCCAUGGUGGAAGGAUGCCAAGGUUAUUCUCCAAUAGUAACUUGCAGGAGAAAAUAGUUUCCUCUCUCUCAAAGUAGGACAAAGAGUGUAAGUAGGUGAAUGUGCCUAGAAGACAAGACAGUAGAAGGCCAUUGGUGAUAUAUUAGGGCAGGACUGCUGUGGUACUGUACCAGCAAUAAGACGCACAGCUUUGAGCUAGCUGUAGCAAAAAAAAAAAAAAAUCUUGGUCUGCUUGAAAUGACAUUUUUUAUUGAGAAAAGAAAAGCAGACACAGCUGCUAUACUUAACACAUUUAUCUGUUCACAAAGUGUGGGGGGGAGUGUUUAAAAAACAGUAACUUCUAUCAUGGAAGAACAAAAUCACAAGCUUAACAGUCAAGAGGGCUAUGAUUCCAUCACUUUUACACACACACACACACACACACACACACACACACACACACACACACAAGCAUUCACAUCUCUCGGAACUGAUCAGGAUUUUACUUUUUCCUCCAACCGAGCCUAUUAACGCUCUGGUUUCUGGCAGUGCAUUUGCGAGGUAAACCUGUCCUAGACACUGCUGCUACUAGGGUAGUCUCUUUCAGAGUUAAAGCACACAUGGUAAACUGCAUGGUCCAUAAAGAUGCAACACAUUUUAGACACAAGAGAGGGGAGGGAGUAAGGUGCGACUUAUUUAUAAUAGGUGUAUAGAACCCAAGGGAUAUAAGUAGCAGAUUUUGUUAUGAUUACUAAUAUAUAUAUAUCUAUAUAUUGAGAUUGCACAGAAUCUAUACCAGAAGAUGUGAACUUCAUCUGUGACAAUGAAAUCAAUCUUAAAUUGUGUCAGCAUUCUUAAGCGAAACAAUUAGGUAAUUACUUCUAAGGGGUUGAAAUUGCUUUGCUCCAAAAAGAACAGUACGGAGAAAGGAAAUACAAAAAUAACCAAGCCCUCUAAGCUGUCUUGCAUAACUAGUUGAAUAGGAAAUACGACCCCUGCCUCUGAAUCAUGACGUCAGCGUAUCUGUGUCAUGUAUUUGAACAGCAAAAUAUUCUGAUGAGGGUUUUCUAUUCUGUCUUUCGGUUUGCUUCUGUUUUUCUGUCCCUUGCCUUAUGAGAUGGAGCAACUGAGCUGGACACCAGUAAGAGAGCUGUGGGAUCAAGUUUCUGCUUGAAGCCUGGUGGUUGUCCUGCCUCCAGCCUCUCUGUACCCUGGGGAAAAUAAAUCUACUUUUUUAUGUGCUAUGCAAAAUAGAUGUCUUUUCACAUAGUCCUGUUCCCAUGGCAACACUUCACUUUCUGGACUGGAAAGAACAUGUAACUACAGCAUUUUAAGGGUCUAGAGCCUCCACUGAGCACGUGCAAAAAAUGUACUGUCAUCAAAAUGAUUACUCUCUGUAUUUCCUGAACCCGAAAAUGAUUUUGGUCCAAGAAGGAGAGAUGGAGGGAAGGAGGGGAGGGAAGAGCGGAGAAGAAGGAGAAGAAGCAAGGGCCUGUGGGAGGUUACCAUGGUAACUGACUACAAUACAGAUGCAGUUUUUUUCCCCUGAAGCCUUCUUCUCUGUGAAUCCAUCCAUGCAAAGUUUUCCUUGUAAGUCAUUCAGAUUUUAUUUUGGGGGAGGGGGAAAUAGAUGGGCCUGGGUUUUCCUCCCUCCCUUUUAUUUUCUUUUCCCUUUUAAUUGAGAAUAUUGUUGAGUUGGUUGGUUCCAUUCUGAUUAUGUUCUCAACCUGGGGAAGGGGAGAUCGUAUGGGACAAAUCAAUGGCGAGGAGUCUGCAACCGAUUGGGGAGGGGGGAAGAGGAGGACCCCGUGUAUCUGUGUUGUGUCUUGUGCAGAAUAAUGACAAUCUUGCCAACUGUACCUUUAGUUGGUGUUUGGUUCAGCUUUGAAACGUUACUGUAAAUGCCUUGCUUGUGUUUACCCCUUGAUCACCUAACUUUUUUGAGAAAUUUUCACCACAAUGUCUAAAGAGUGAAGAUGCUGUAAAUACAUUCAGAUUGACUGUAUAUGGAUUCGGGGUGUUACAGUAGCCUUAUUCACCUUUUUAAAAAUAAAUAUAAAAUAAAAAUACACAUGGAAACAAGAAUAAACAUCUUUUCUUAACCGGAUUGUGUAUAUAGAGCAACAUUGGUUUUUUAUAAAGUCUAAGCGAGAUGUUUUGUAUAAAAUCUGACUUUUUGCUAUGUAUUUAGCUACAGCUUGUUUAAAGGCCGUGUCAUUCCCCUUUGCACAGUAUCCAGGAAAAAAAAAGGUAUAAAAAGGUUGCCAAAUUGCUGCAUAUUUGUGCUGUAAUUGUGUACCAUGAAUAUUUAUUUAAGAAUUCCUUUGUCCAGUUUGUAAGUAACACAGUAUUAUGCUUGAGUUAUAAAUAAUUUUUUCUCUCUCUUUUUUAAAAAAACCCUAGAUUAUCAUAGAUUUUGAAGUCUGCUUUUGUUCUACAUUGCAGUUAGCCCCUUCCAGAAAAUGAAAUCUAUGAAGAUCACAUUCCACUUCUGUUUCAAAAUGAAUUCAUUCUUUUAAAAAAAAUAAAAAUAUUUUUUUCCUAUGGAAA